UUCAGUGGGAGGAAUUUGUGAUGGCUCCACUUGCAAUAGAACAACAGCAUCAAGAAACAGAAGCGCAGAAAAAACCUGAACAAAUGGUGGGGAAAAAUAUUCCACAAAAAGACAGCAGACAGCAGAAGGAAACAUCAGGAAGAUUUUGGAGUCUAUUCCCUCAUGGGGGAAAACAACAUGAGAGUGAAGUGCCUCAGAGGUUGAACUUGGUGCUGUGUGGCAGUGAUGGAGCUCUGAAGGCCUUCAUAUCAGAUCUCAUUCUGGGCCCAAAUAAGUGCAGACCAGAGCCCAGCUCAGAGGCGUGAGGAGAGAUGGAGUGGUAUCUAAGCGCUCGAUCACCCUGGUGGAGAUGCCGGCUCUCUACAACACACCUCACUCAGAGGAGGAAGUGAUGCAAGAGGCUCUCCGUUGUGUCUCUCUGUGUGAUCCAGGAGUUCAUGCGUUCCUCCUCAUCAUUCCUGCUGGUCCCCUCACUGAUGAAGACAAAGGAGAAAUGGAGGGGAUCCAGAACAUUUUCAGCUCUGAAGUCAACAAUCAUUUAAUAGUUCUCUUUACAGCGCAGCAGGCUGAUAGUACAGCUGAAAAAGAUUUUAUAGAACAAAGCACUGAUAUAAAGAACUUUCUUUCCAUUUGUAACCACAAACAUAUAUUAGUAGAAACAAAGACAGGGAAAAAAAACAAGCAAAUGAGUGAAAAACUGUUAGAUGAAAUUGAAAAAAAGACAGAAACACAGCCAUAUUGUCUUUACAUGUAUGUGAAAGCUCAAGAGGAAAGAGUCAGAUGUGAACUACAGGAAUGGUAUAAAGAAGAACUGAGCAAAAAAGAGAAGGAAGUCCAGGAGUUAAAGAGGAAGCUCCAGCCAGAAGGUGAAGGUGAAGAUGAACCACAGGUUUCCAGCUGCUUAAGGGUGGUACUGAUUGGAAAAACAGGAAGUGGAAAAAGUGCAACAGGAAACACCAUCCUGGGAAGAGAUGAGUUUAUAACUGAAGCCAGUAUGAAUUCUGUGACAAAGGUUUGCCAGAAAGGAGUUGGUGAGGUUGAGGGAAGGUCAGUUGCUGUUGUUGAUACUCCAGGCCUCUUUGACACCACACUGUCAAAUGAAGAAGUACAGCAAGAAAUUGUGAAGUGCAUCUCACUCUCAGCACCCGGACCCCAUGCUUUCAUCAUUGUGCUGAGUGUGGGAAGAAUCACUAAAGAAGAAUUAGAGACUUUAGAUCUGAUAAAAAUGAUCUUUGGUCCAAAGGCUGCGAUGUUCAGCAUAGUGCUGUUUACUAGAGGAGAUGACCUGGGAAAUCAGACGAUAAACCAGUACAUAGAGAAAAGCACAGUUGAACAAGUCAAGAAGCUGCUCAGAGACUGUGGAAGUAGAUUUAUAGUGUUCAAUAACAGAGAACGAAAUGACCGCACUCAAGUUUCUGAUCUUUUGAGAGAGAUAGAAAUGAUAGUUCAUUCAAACACAAGUCAGUACUUUACAAACAGCAUGCUCGAAGAGGCAGAAAUGUCCAUCAAAAAGAAAAUUGAAGAAAUUCUGAAAGAGAAAGAGCGAGAGAUUGAAGCUGAAAAGGAGAAACUGAAGAGCAAUUACAGCAGGGAAAUGGAAGAGAUGAAGAAAAGACUAGAAGAAGAAAAACAAAAGGCUGAUGAAGAAAAGCUCCAAAUGCAGAGGAAGUUCAGAGAAAAGAUGGAAACCCUCAAACAAGAAUUUGAAGAAAAAGAUGAACAAGAGAAAAAGAAACGGGAGACGGAGGACAAGGUGAGGUUAGAAGAAGAAAAAAUACAAAUGACGAAAUGGCAAAACAGAAUUAAUGAGCUGGAAAGAGACAAUAAAAAGCAGAGAGCUAAAUUUGAAAAACAGUUAAGAGACAGAGAGGAGGAGGAUAAAAAGAAAGAAGAGAGAUACAAACAAGAAAAAGAAAUUCUCAGAAAUGAGCAAAAGCGUGUCAUGGAGGAGCUGAGAAUGAGACAGGAAGAAGAGCGUAAAAGGAAAGAUCUGGAAGAGAACAAAAAAAGACAAGAGGAAGAGAAUGAGAGGCACAACUGGGAGAGGAAAAUAAAAGAGGCUGAAUAUGAGAAAAAGGAGACGCAAGAGGACCUAAAGCGUAGACAGAGAGAAUGGGAAGAAGAACAGAAAAGAGAGAUGAAAAGACGGGAGGAAGAGGACCGGCUAAGAAAACAGAGACACGCAGAAGAGCUAAGAGCAAAACAAGAAGAACAAGACAGAUUGAGAGAGGAAUUUGAAAGGAAGAUGGAAGAAGAAAGACAUCAGAGAGAGAAGGAGAAACGACAAUGGAGGAAAGUGGAGAGAAAAGAGAGUGAGAGAAAAGAGAGAGAGUAUGAGGAAAAGAAACGUGCAAUGGAAGCACAAAUGAAAGAGCAGUAUGAGCAGCUGGAGAAAAUGAGAACGGAAGAGUGGGAGAGAAGAAGACGUGAGGAUGAUGAAAGAAGAGAAGAAGAGAGACAAAGAUAUCAGAAACUUAGAGAGGAGAUGGAGAGAGAACGGCAAAAGGAGAUUAAGAGGAGAGAGAGAGAAGGCACAGCAAGAAGAGAGAGAGAGGAGAAGGAACGUGAGGAAAUGAAAAAGAACUAUGAUCAGAAAAUGGAAGAGAUGAAAAAUAAAUAUGAAGAUGAAGCCAGAAAGCAGGCUGAGCAGCUCAACGAGUUCAAUGAUAAAAAAGUUCAACACUUCCGAGAGCUGAUUAAAGACCAUCAGAAACAGUAUGGACUUCUGGAGAAUCUGUUUAAAAGCACCAAGGCUGAAAAUACAGAUGAAAUUAAGAAACUACAGGAAGAACUUAACAAAAAGUCAUUGUGGUCAAAGUACUUUCAGUUCGUCCACUCACCUAAAAUGGCGUCGAGUAACGAUUCAUCACAGCCUCAGAGAAGGGGAAGUCUACCCCUGCCUCCUGACAUGAGGAUUAUGGUGCUGGGGAAGAACAGCCAGGAGAACAGAAGAGUGGGAAACUUCAUCCUGAGAAGCAAAGCUUUUAAUACUGAAGCUCCUCUUAGUUCAGUAGAGCAGCACAGUGAGAAAGCCAGAGAAAAAGCGGAAGGAAGAGACAUCACACUCAUCAUCACAACUCAGCUGUUUGAUACUGAACUCUCUGAUGAGGAGCUGAGUGAGAGAGUGAAAGAGUGCAUGACUCUUUGUGAUCCUGGACCUCACGUUAUCGUGCUGGUCAUACAGCCAGGAGACUUCACUGAGGCAGACAGAAACCGACUGAAUCACAUCUUCAAAUCUUUAUCUGAUGACGCCUUUAAAUACACCAUGGUACUGACAACACAGUCAGGCAGCAGUGUAGAUCCAGAGGAAGAGAGCAUCUCUGAGGAGAAGAUUAUAGAAAGGAUUAAGUGGUAUUUUGACCUUGAAAGUGAAAGCUGUCAUUCUGCUCUUAUGGAGAAGAUGGAGAAGAUGAUUGAAGAGAAUGGAGGGGAACACUUUCAGUGGGAGGAAUUCAUGAUGGCUCCACUUGCAACAGAACAACAGCAUCAAGAAACAGCAGCGCAGAAAAAACCUGAACAAACAGUGGGGAAAAAUACUCCACAAAAAGACAGCAGACAGCAGAAGGAAACAUCAGGAAGACCUUGGAGUCUAUUCUCUCGUUUUGGAAAACAACAUGACAGUGAGGUGCCUCAGAGGUUGAACUUGGUGCUGUGUGGCAGUGAUGGAGCACUGAAGGCCUCAGUAUCAGAUUUCAUUCUGGGCCCAAGCCAGCGCAGUUCAGCACCCAGCUCAGAGUGCGUGAGGAGAGAUGGAGCGGUGUCUAAGCGCUCGAUCACCCUGGUGGAGAUGCCGGCUCUCAACAACACACUUCACUCGGAGGAGGAAGUAAUGCGAGAGGCUCUCCGCUGUUUUUCUCUGUGUGAUCCAGGAGUCCAUGCGUUCCUCCUCAUCAUUCCUGCUGAUCCCCUCACUGAUGAAGACAAAGGAGAAAUGGAGAAGAUCCAGAACAUUUUCAGCUCCAGUGUCAACGAUCAUUUAAUAGUUCUCUUUACAGCGCAGCAGGCUGACAGUAUAGCUGAAAAAUUUAUAGAACACAACACUGACAUAAAGAACUUUCUUUCUGUUUGUAAACAUAAACAUAUAUUAGUAGAAACGAAGAAGGGGAAAAAAAACAAGGAAACAAGUGAAAAACUGUUAGAUGAAAUUGAAAAAAAGACACAAACACAGCCAUACUCUCUAUACAUGUAUGUGAAAGCUCAAGAGGAAAGAGUCAGAUGUGAACUACAGGAACAGUAUAAAGAAGAGCUGAGCAAAAAGGAGAAAGAAAUCCAGGAGUUAAAAAGGAAGUUCCAGCCAGAAGGUAAUGAAGAUGAACCACAGGUUUCCAGCUGUUUAAGGGUGGUACUGAUUGGAAAAACAGGAAAUGGAAAGAGUGCGACAGGAAACACCAUCCUGGGAAGAGAUGUAUUUAAAAGUGAAAUGAGUUUGGGUUCUGUGACAAGGGUUUGCCAAAAAGGAGUUGGUGAGAUUGAGGGAAAAUCGGUUGCUGUUGUUGACACUCCAGGCCUCUUUGACACCAAACUAUCAAAUAAAGACACACAGCAAGAAAUUGUGAAGUGCUUCUCACUGUUAGCACCCGGACCCCACGCUUUCAUCAUUGUGUUGAGUUUGGCAAGAUUCACCAAAGACGAAUUAGAGACUUUAGAUCUGAUAAAAAUGACAUUUGGUCCAAAGGCUGCAAUGUUCACUAUAGUGCUGUUCACUGGAGGAGAUAAGCUGGGAAAUAAGUCAAUAGAACAAGUAAUUGAGGAAAGUAACAUUGAACAAAUCAACAAGCUGCUCAGAGACUGUGGAAACAGAUAUAUAGUAUUUAAUAACAACGAAAAAGAAAACCGCACCCAAGUUUCUGAACUUUUAGGACAGAUAGAAAUGAUGAUAAACUCAAACACGUCAAGUCAACACUUCACAAACAGCAUGUUUGAAGAGGCAGAAAUGUCCAUCAAAAAGAGAAUUGAAGAAAUUCUGAAAGAGAAAGAGCGAGAGAUCGAAGCUGAAAAGGAGAAACUGAAAAACAAAUACAGCAAAGAAAUGGAAGAGAUGAAGAAAAGACAAGAGGAAGAAAAACAAAAGGCUGAUGAAGAAAAACGCCAAAUGGAGAGGAAGUUCAGAGAAAAGAUGGAAACCCUCAAACAAGAGUUUAAAGAAAAAGAUGAAUUAGAGAAGAAGAAACGGGAGAUGGAGGACAAGACGAGGUUAGAAGAAGAAAAAAUACAAACAAAGAAAUUGCAAAACAAAAUUAAGAGGUUGGAAAAAGGUAAUAAAAAGCAGAGAGCUGAAUUUAAAAAACAGUUAAGUGACAGAGAAGAGGACGAUAAAAAGAAAGAAGAGAGAUACAAACAAGAAAAAGAAAUUCUCAGGAAUGAGCAAAAGCAUGAAAUGGAAGAGCUGAGAAUGAGACAGGAGGAAGAGCGAAAAAGGAGAGAUCUGGAAGAGGACAAAAGGAGACAAGAGGAAGAGAACGAGAGGCACAUUUGGGAGAGGAAAAUAAAAGAGGCUGAACACGAGAAAAAAGAGAUACAAGAGGACCUAAAGCGUAGACAGAGCGAAUGGGAAGAAGAAAAGAAAAGAGAGAUGAAAAGACGGGAGGAAGAGGACCAGCUAAGAAAACAGAGACACGCAGAAGAGCUAAGAGCAAAACAAGAAGAACAAGACAGAUUGAGAGAGGAAUUUGAAAAGAAGAUGGAAGAAGAAAGACGUCAGUGGGAGGAUGAAAAACGACAAUGGAGGGAAGCAGAGAGAAAAGAGAGUGAGCGAAAAGAAAGAGAGUAUGAGGAAAAGAAACAUGCAAUGGAAGCACAAUUAAAAGAACAGUCUGAGCAGAAGGAGAAAAUGAGGAGGGAAGAGUGGGAGAGAAGAAGACGUGAGGACAAUGAAAGAAGAGCAGAAGAGAGACAAAGAUAUCAGAAACUUAGAGAGGAGAUGGAGAAAGAACGGCAAGAGGAGAUUAGGAGGAGAGAGAGAGAAGACGCUGCAAGAAGAGAGAGAGAGGAGAAGGAAUAUGAGGAAAUAAAAAAGAAUUAUGAUCAGAAAAUGGAAGAGAUGAAAAAUAAAUAUGAAGAUGAAGCCAGAAAGCAGGCUGAGCAGUUCAACGAGUUCAAUGAUGAAAAAGAAAAACACUUCCAGGAGCUGAUUAAAGAGCAUCAGAAACAGUAUGAACUUCUGGAGAAUCUGUUUAAAAGCACCAAGGCUGAAAAUACUGAGGAAAUUAAGAAACUACAAGAAGAACUGGACAAACUAAAUAAUCAGUCGCAGUGUACACCUGCGCUCCUCAGUGGCGCAGUGGUAACGCCACGAAGCGCCGAUCAGUACAUCGCCGGUUCGAACCUGGCUUUGGCACAGCAGAAAAUAACAUAUGCUUGUGGCACAGAUCCAUCACGAUUUCGGAGGAGGAGAAGUGUAAGCCCACCUCCUGAAAUGAGGAUUAUGCUGCUGGGAAAGAACAGCCAGGACAAUAGAAGAGUGGGAAACUUCAUCCUGAGAAGAGACGUGUUUGAUGCUGAAGCUCCUCUCAGUUCAGUAGAGCAGUACAGUGAGAAAGCCAGAGAAAAAGCGGAAGGAAGAGACAUCACACUCAUCAACACACCUCAGCUGUUUGAUACUGAACUCUCUGAUGAGGAGCUGAGUGAGAGAGUGAAGGAGUGCAUGACUCUUUGUGAUCCUGGACCUCACAUUAUAAUGCUGGUCACACAGCCAGGAGACUUCACUGAGGCAGACAGAAACCAACUGAAUCACAUCUUCAGAUCUGAUGAUGUCCUUAAAUACACCAUGGUGCUCACAACACAGUCAGGCAGCAGUGUAGGCCCAGGUGAAGAAAGUGUCUCUGAGGAGAUUAUAGAAUGGAUUAAGUGGCAUUUUGACUUAAGACAUGAAAGCAGUCAUUCUGCUCUUAUGGAGAUGAUGCAGAAGAUGAUUGAAGAGAAUGGAGGGGAACACUUUCAGUGGGAGGAAUUUGUGAUGGCCCCAAUAGAACAACAACAGCAGCAACAAACAGCAGUGCAGAAAAAACCCGAACAAAUAGUGAGAAAACAUAGUCUACAUAAAGACAGCAGACAGCAGAAGGAAACACCAGGAAGAUCUUGGAGUCUAUUUUCUCAUUUUGGAAAACAAGAUGACAGUGAGGUGCCUCAGAGGUUGAACUUGGUGCUGUGUGGCAGUGAUGGAGCACUGAAGGCCUCCAUAUCAGAUCUCAUUCUGGGCCCAAAUAAGUGCAGACCAGAGCCCAGCUCAGAGUGCGUGAGGAGAGAUGGAGCGGUGUCUAAGCGCUCGAUCACCCUGGUGGAGAUGCCGGCUCUCUACAACGCAUCUCACUCGGAGGAGGAAGUGAUGCGAGAGGCUCUCCGCUGUUUCUCUCUGUGUGAUUCAGGAGUCCAUGCGUUCCUCCUUAUCAUUCCAGUUGGUCCCCUCACUGAUGAAGACAAAGGAGAAAUGGAGAAGAUCCAGAACAUUUUCAGCUCUGAAGUCAACAAUCAUUUAAUAGUUCUCUUUACAGCGCAGCAUGCUGAUAGUACAGCUGAAAAAGAAUUUAUAGAACAAAGCACUGACAUAAAGGACUUUCUUUCCAUUUGUAAACAUAAACAUAUAUUAGUAGAAACAAAAACAGGAAAAAAAAACAAGCAAAUAAGUGAAAAACUGUUAGAUGAAAUUAAAGAAAUGACAGAAACACAGCCAUAUUGUCUUUACAUGUACAUGAAAGCUCAAGAGGAAAGAGUCAGAUGUGAACUACAGGAACAGAAUAAAGAAGAGCUGAGCAAAAAGGAGAAAGAAAUCCAGGAGUUAGAGAAAGAAGUCCAGAAGUUAAAGCGGAAGCUCCAGCCAGAAGGUAAUGAAGAUGAACCACAGGCUUCAAGCUGCUUAAGGGUGGUACUGAUUGGAAAAACAGGAAGUGGAAAGAGUGCGACAGGAAACACCAUCCUGGGAAGAGAUGUAUUUAAAAGUGAAUUCAGUUUUGUUUCUGUGACAAAGGUUUGCAAAAAAGGAGUUGGUGAGAUUGAGGGAAAAUCGGUUGCUGUUGUUGACACUCCAGGCCUCUUUGACACCAAACUAUCAAAUGAAGACGUACAGCAAGAAAUUGUGAAGUGCUUCUCACUGUUAGCACCCGGACCUCAUGCUUUCAUCAUUGUGCUGGGUUUGGGAAGAUUCACCAAAGAAGAAUUAGACACUUUAGAUCUGAUAAAAAUGACAUUUGGUCCAAUGGCUGCUAUGUUCACUAUAGUGCUGUUCACUGGAGGAGAUAAGCUGGGAAAUAAGUCAAUAGAACAAGUCAUUGAGGAAAGUAACAUGGAACAAAUCAACAAGCUGCUCAGAGACUGUGGAAACAGAUAUAUAGUAUUUAAUAACAACAAAAAAGAAGACCGCACCCAAGUUUCUGAACUUUUAGGACAGAUAGAAAUGGUGAGAAAUUCAAACACAUGUCAGCACUUCACAAACAGCAUGUUUGAAGAGGCAGAAAUGUCCAUCAAAAAGAGAAUUGAGGAAAUUCUGAAAGAGAAAGAGCGAGAGAUCAAAGCUGAAAAGGAGAAACUGAAAAACAAAUACAGCAAAGAAAUGGAAGAGAUGAAGAAAAGACAAGAGGAAGAAAAACAAAAGGCUGAGGAAGAAAAACGCCAAAUGGAGAGGAAGUUCAGAGAAAAGAUGGAAACCCUCAAACAAGAGUUUGAAGCAAAAAAUGAACAAGAGAAAAAGAAACGGGAGAUGGAGGACAAGAUGAGAUUAGAAGAAGAAAAAAUACAAACGAUGAAAUGGCAAAACAGAAUUAAUGAGUUAGAAAAAGAGAACCAAAAGCAGAGAGCUAAAUUUGAAAAACAGUUAAGAGACAGAGAGGAGGAGGAUAAAAAGAGAGAAGAGAGAUACAAACAAGAAAAAGAAAUUCUCAUGAAUCAACAGAAGCGUGCCAUGGAGGAGCUGAGACAGAGACAGGAGGAAGAGCGUAAAAGGAAAGAUCUGGAAGAGGACAAAAGGAGGCAAGAGGAGGAGAAUGAGAGGCACAAUUGGGAGAAGAAAAUAAAAGAGGCUGAACAUGAGAGGAAAGAGACACAAGAGGACCUAAAACGUAAACAGAGGGAAUGGGAAGAAGAAAAGAAAAGAGACAUCAAAAGACGGGAGGAAGAGGACUGUCUAAGAAAACAGAGACACGCAAAAGAGCAGAGAGCAAAAGAAGAAGAACAAGACAGAUUGAGACAGGAAUUUGAAAGGAAGAUAGAAGAAGAAAGACGUCAGAGAGAGGAGGAGAAACAAUGCUGGAGGAAAGAGAGUGAGAGAAAAGAGAGAGAGAAUGAGGAAAAGAAACGUGCAAUGGAAGCACAAAUGAAAGAGCAGUAUGAGCAGCUGGAGAAAAUGAGGAGGGAAGAGUGGGAGAGAAGAAGACGUCAGGAUGAUGAAAGAAGAGAAGAAGAGAAACAAAGACUGCAGAAACUUAGAGAGGAGAUAGAGAGAGAACGGCAAGAGGAGAUUAGGAGGAGAGAGAGAGAGGACACAGCAAGAAGAGAGAGAGAGGAGAAGGAACGUGAGGAAAUGAAAAAGAACUAUGAUCAGAAAAUAAAAGAGAUGAAAAAUAAAUAUGAAGAUGAAGCCAGAAAGCAGGCUGAGCAGUUCAACGAGUUCAAUGAUGAAAAAGAAAAACACUUCCAGGAGCUGAUUAAAGAGUAUCAGAAACAGUAUGAAGUUCUGGAGAAUCUGUUUAAAAGCACCAAGGCUGAAAAUACUGAGGAAAUGAAGAAACUACAGCAAGAACUGGACAAAAAGUCAUGGUGGUCAAAGGACAGCCCUGGUGGUGACACGAUGAGGAUUAUGCUGCUGGGGAAGAACAGCCAGGAGAACAGAAGAGUGGGAAACUUCAUCCUGAGAAGCAAAGCUUUUAAUACUGAAGCUCCUCUUAGUUCAGUAGAGCAGUACAGUGAAAAAGCCAGAGAAAAAGCGGAAGGAAGGGACAUCACACUCAUCAACACACCUCAGCUGUUUGAUACUGAACUCUCUGAUGAGGAGCUGAGUCAGAGAGUGAAAGAGUGCAUGACUCUUUGUGAUCCUGGACCUCACGUUAUAAUGCUGGUCAUACAGCCAGGAGAUUUCACUGAGGCAGACAGAAACCAACUGAAUCACAUCUUCAGAUAUUUAUCUGAUGACGCCCUUAAAUACACCAUGGUACUGACAACAGAAAAGCCACAGUCAGGCAGCAGUGUAGAUCCAGGUGAAGAGAGCGGCUCUGAGGAGAUUAUAGAAAGGAUUAAGUGGUAUUUUGACCUUGAAAGUGAAAGCAGUCAUUCUGCUCUUAUGGAGAAGAUGGAGAAGAUGAUUAAAGAGAAUGGAGGGGAUCACUUUCAGUGGGAGGAAUUCAUGAUGGCUCAACUUGCAACAGAACAACUACAGGAACAAACAGCAGCUCAGAAAAAACCUGAACAAACGGUGGGGAAAAACAUUCCACAUAAAGACAGCAGACAGCAGAAGGAAACAUUCAUAUUUUGCUGUGACUUAUUUUCAUGUACCUCUUUAGUGUACAUUUCUAAACCUGACAGGUUCCAGUUUGUUUCUCUUUCAGUGCCUCAGAGGUUGAACUUGGUGCUGUGUGGCAGUGAUGGAGCACUGAAGGCCUUCAUAUCAGAUCUCAUUCUCGGCCCAAGCCAGCGCAGUUCAGCACCCAGCUCAGAGUGCGUGAGGAGAGAUGGAAUGAUGUCUAAGCGCUCGAUCACCCUGGUGGAGAUGCCGGCUCUCUACAACACACCUCACUCAGAGGAGGAAGUGAUGCAGGAGGCUCUCCGCUGUUUCUCUUUGUGUGAUCCAGGAGUCCAUGCGUUCCUCUUCAUCAUUCCAGUUGGUCUCAUCACUGAUGAAGACAAAGGAGAAAUGGAGAAGAUCCAAAAAAUUUUUAGCUCCAAAGUCAAUGAUCAUUUAGUGGUUCUUUUUACAACGCAGCUUACUAUUAGUAGCACUGAAAAAGAUUUUAUAGAACACAACACUGAUAUAAAGAACUUUCUUGCUAUUUGUAAUCAUAGACAUAUAUGGGUGGAAACAAAGACCAUCUCAACAAAGAAAACCUCCCAGCAAGUGUCCAAAGAGCUGUUGCAUGAAAUUGAAAAAACAACGGAAACACAGCCAUAUUCUCUUCACUUAUAUGUGAGAGCUCAAGAGGAAAGAGUCACACGUGAACUACAGGAAGAGCUGGACAAAAAAGAGAGAGAAAUCUGGGAGUUAAAGAGGAAACUUCAGCUAGAAGGUGAUGAAGAUGCACUACAGGUUUCCAGUUGCUUAAGAAUAGUACUGAUUGGAAAAACAGGAAGUGGAAAGAGUGCAACUGGAAACACCAUCCUGGGGAGAGAUGAAUUUAAAAGUGAAUUCAGUUUGGGUUCUGUGACAAAGGUUUGUCAGAAAGGACUUGGAGAGGUUCAUGGGAAGUCGGUUGCUGUUGUUGACACUCCAGGCCUCUUUGAUGCCACACUAUCAAAUGAAGACGUACAGCAAGAAAUUGUGAAGUGCUUCUCACUGUUAGCACCCGGGCCCCACGCUUUCCUCAUUGUGCUGAGUUUGGGAAGAUUCACCAAAGAUGAAUUAGAGACUUUAGAUCUGAUAAAAAACACCUUUGGUCCAAAGGCUGCAAUGUUCACUAUAGUGCUGUUCACUGGAGGAGAUAAGCUGGGAAAUAAGUCAGUAGAACAAGUCAUUGAGGAAAGUAACAUUGAACAAAUCAACAAGCUGCUCAGAGACUGUGGAAACAGAUAUAUAGUAUUUAAUAACAACGAAAAAGAAAACCGCACCCAAGUUUCUGAACUUUUAGGACAGAUAGAAAUGAUGAUAAACUCAAACACGUCAAGUCAGCACUUCACAAACAGCAUGUUUGAAGAGGCAGAAAUGUCCAUCAAAAAGAGAAUUGACGAAAUUCUGAAAGAGAAAGAGCGAGAGAUUGAAGCUGAAAAGGAGAAACUGAAAAACAAAUACAGCAAAGAAAUGGAAGAGAUGAAGAAAAGACAAGAGGAAGAAAAACAAAAGGCUGAUGAAGAAAAACGCCAAAUGGAGAGGAAGUUCAGAGAAAAGAUGGAAACCCUCAAACAAGAGUUUGAAGAAAAAAAUGAACAAGAGAAAAAGAAACAGGAGAUGGAGGACAAGGUGAGGUUAGAAGAAGAAAAAAUACAAACGAUGAAAUGGCAAAACAGAAUUAAUGAGUUAGAAAAAGAGAACCAAAAGCAGAGAGCUGAAUUUGAAAAACAGUUAAGAGACAGAGAGGAGGAGGAUAAAAAGAGAGAAGAGAGAUACAAACAAGACAAAGAAAUUCUCAUGAAUCAACAGAAGCGUACCAUGCAGGAGCUGAGAAAGAGACAGGAGGAAGAGCGUAAAAGGAAAGAUCUGGAAGAGGAAAAAAGGAGACAAGAGGAAGAGAACGAGAGGCACAUUUGGGAGAGGAAAAUAAAAGAGGCUGAACACGAGAAAAAAGAGAUACAAGAGGACCUAAAGCAUAAACAGAGGGAAUGGGAAGAAGAAAAGAAAAGAGAGAUGAAAAGACAGGAGGAAGAGGACUGUCUAAGAAAACAGAGACACGCAGAAGAGCUAAGAGCAAAACAAGAAGAACAAGACAGACUGAGAGAGGAAUUUGAAAAGAAGAUAGAAGAAGAAAGACGUCAGAGAGAGGAGGAGAAACGAUGGUGGAGGGAAGCGGAGAGAAAGGAGAGCAAGAGAGAGAAUGAGGAAAAGAAACGUGCAAUGGAAGCACAAUUAAAAGAGCAGUAUGAGCAGAAGGAGAAAAUGAGGAGGGAAGAGUGGGAGAGAAGAAGACGUGAGGAUGAUGAAAGAAGAGAAGAAGAGACGCAAAGACUGCAGAAACUUAGAGAGGAGAUAGAGAGAGAACAGCGAGAGGAGAUUAGGAGGAGAGAGAGAGAAGACACAGCAAGAAGAGAGAGAGAGGAGAAGGAACGUGAGGAAAUGAAAAAGAACUAUGAUCAGAAAAUGAAAGAGAUGAAAAAUAAAUAUGAAGAUGAAGCCAGAAAGCAGGCUGAGCAGUUCAACGAGUUCAAUGAUGAAAAAGAAAAACACUUCAAGAAGCUGAUUAAAGAGUAUCAGAGACGGUAUGAACUUCUGGAGAAUCUGUUUAAAAGCACCAAGGCUGAAAAUACUGAGGAAAUGAAGAAACUACAAAAAGAACUGGACGAACUAAAUAAUAAGGAAAAGUGUGCCAUUCAGUGAGACUUGCUGUACAACAUGAUCAUGAUAAAUGAUGAUACUUCUUAAAAGGCAGUAAUUGUUCAUAAAAUUCUUUACGCUAUUUUAUUACUUCAUUUGUAUUUUGGCUGUGUCUGGGUAAGACGAUUUGAUGUUACUAAUGUUACUAAUGAUUUAAUUUUACUCAGCUUGUUAUUUACUGUAGUUUUGGUAUCCAAAAUUUCACCUUCAAGAUAUGUGUUCGAUAAGCUCAUUAGUAAUAUAUGGAGUUUAUAAUUCCAGUCAUACUAUUUCAAUUUUCACGGUUGAUGUAUAAUUUAGGAGAUGGAAUGAAAUGGAUAUAUUCCAAAUGUCGCUUGUGUUUUGCAUUUACAUUUAAACACACUUUCAUGGUUUGAGCAAAUAGUUCAGUUCCUUCUGAACUAUUACUCCAAGUUUGUUAAACUCCGGACUGAACUCAAUUAAAAAUAACAUUUGUGUGGAUUUUAUGAUUAUGAAAUGGAUAAUGUUCACAUGUAUUAUGUAUUAAAUACUAUAUUUUUUCUAGCAAAAUAUAUUUGCAAAUACACAUGUGCAAAUAUAAAACCUUAUUCAUAAAUGAAUUAAAGCUGUAUAAAAAUACUUCAGUGAAAAAAUCGCAAAGCUUCUAUAACGAGUAGGGUCUGACUGCAGAAUAGGAGGCAGCAGUUCCAGGACUGCAAUUCCAGGACCCCAUGUUUUCGCGAUACUGCUCCCUAGCGAAGUGGAUAUAAGGACCGCAUUUAACGCGUGGAAAACAGAACGUGAAUCAAGUUUUAUACAAUUAACUUUAAAACGUUCUCGUGUUUUGAGUUAGACAGCAAAGUUAAUGUUACCUAGCAAACUACAUAGUCAAGGCACUAUACGCAGUAAUCUGUUAGCUUCUAAUAGAUUUCUUCAAAACUGUCAGCCUGGUUUUUUGGAACCGUAGCGCCGUUUUGGCAAGCCUAACUAGCUAACCUGGCUAGGUAUCAUAUACUAAUUAUUACCAUACUGGUUAUGAUAAUGAAUUCUACCCAGCACAUUAAUUAGAACUCAAAAGACGAUAAAAGAAUGUCCGUAUCAUAUCUGUCUGUCCACUGCAUUAAAUCAGCGUAGCUUUUUGUCUUCAGUGUAAAUACUUAAUACUUACUGUUCUACCAUUUUAACUAAGUUUAAAUAAUCUUACUAAUUAAACUGUCCUGAC